AUGCAGGCCGGUGACCCCGGGAAGAUGCACCAUUUGGUCAUCGACCUCUCGGGAGUCACCUACAACGGCCUCAUGUCGGCGUCGGAUGCGGAAUUUCAAGCGGGGCUCCUGGCAGCCCUUACCAGCAUGCCUCUCGAGUCCUCUCCGCCGGUCGAUUUGCACGCCGCCUCGACGCAGACUUCCGAACACAACACCCUGGACGCCCCCUCCUGCGUAGUCAACCGCGAGGAUUCGAAGAACGCCGCUCCCGCAUCUUCGAAGGCGACCUCCACGCCGACGUCUGUUCCGCCCAAAUCCGAGGCCAUCGACUGUGUUACCGUGCCCGCCGAGCCCACUCCAGCAUACGAGGAGGACGAUGACGGUGUUUGGGACACGUGGACAAACCGUCGACAUCGACGACCGCCGAGGCAAGCACCACCCCCCGCGAGCAUCCUCACACGCUCGCACACUCGGUCCUCGUCCAUCUCGACCUCGCGUACCUCGGACACCCUCUUCUCGAGCGCAUCGGCUGCGUCCACCGCGCCCACCUCCGCCGCGUCCUCCAGACGCUCGUCCAUCGCGGCAUAUUCUCCCGGGGCGAAACGCUCCGCUUCCGCAUUCAACACUCUUCCCGUACGGACCACACGUAGCGUAUCGUCUCACAACAGAUUCGCGGUUCUUGAGGUUUUCGAGGUGGCAGAGUGA